AUGAAUUCUAACAUGACUUCAAUUAAGGAUAAUAUCAACAUCGAUGGCAAUAACAACUCCCACAAGUCAAAAGCUAAAGAAAUUAAAGAGAAGAAAUUAUUACAGUCACAAUUACAAGUAGUUUUUAAUAAAUCAAGAGCUACAGUAUUAAAAUGGAUUGAAAAUGAUAGUCUUGAAUCAAAGGAUAAUAGUGGUGAUCUAAAAGAUUUCCAAAAAGAAUUUUAUCAACUACCGGUAAUGGCAACAGGUGCUAGUCUGGACUUAUCAAAUACAGAUACUGAUGGUACUCUCAAGGAAGAAGAUAUAUCGACGGUUGGUGAAUUUAUAAACGGUGAUAAGAAAGUAUCCACAUUAAGGAAGAAAAAGAUGAGAAAUUCCAACAAUAGGGAUAUAAAAAGUAGUAUAUAUAGAAUCGAUAGUCAUGAUAGCAAAGCAAUGGUUGCGUUGAAACAUAAAAUGAGGGAAGGCAAAAGGAAAGAAAUUAAAAAGAAAUUAGAACACUUUAAUGAUGCCAAAACAUACAGUAACGUUUCCGCCACGGCUCUUGUAGGUUACGAUGAUAACAAUGAUGAGGAUGAGGAUGAUCCAAAAAUACAGAAAACUACUAAAAAGGUGACUAACCUGCCGUUAAGUUUUGGCAAAAAGAAGAAGAAAUAA